CCUAAAUCCUUCCGCGCUUCCGAAAGCAAUUGCUGAUAUUUUACGUGUGUCUCGCCGUAGUUUUUCCUUUUCACUUAGAACCAAAAGCAAUGCUAUGCAAAACUAACAACUGUGAAACAAUGAAAGAAUGAUGGGCGUUGUACACCUGCCAAAAAGGUUAGGCCUGGUCUCUGUCUGACUUGCACUUGGAAAAGGAGUUACCACGCAUUUUUCUCUGCAAACUUCGGCCUCAUUUCACAAGGAAACAGCAUCAGACAUGAGGAAGUGCAGUCCCUGGAUGUUUCUCCCGAUCGUGUUCUCUGUCUUCACGGCAGCCGGGCUGUGGGUUGUAUACUUUAUUGCUGUUGAAGAUGAAAAAAUAACACCACUAAAUUCAGAAUACAGGCGAUCAGGACCAAAAUCCCCUCCGUAUAUAAGCAUUGCAGGGAAUGCCCCACCGGCCAGCUGUGUUUUCAGUCAGGUUGUGAACAUGGCGGCCUUCGUAGGCUUCAUCAUCGGUGUGCUGCGAUACCUGCAGCUGAAGGCCAGGGUGCACAAGCCCUGGCUCAACAUCGGCAGUCUGGUGGCCUUGUCCUUGGCUUGCUUCGGGAUGACGCUGGUGGGAAACUUCCAGCUUUCAAAUGAUGAGGAGCUCCACAACAUUGGCACAUCCAUGACCUUUGGCCUUGGCACCCUCUUCUGCUGGGUGCAGUCAGUCAUUACACUAAAGGUCAACAUGAGGAACGAGGGCAGGAAGGUUGGGAUCCCACGCUUCCUGCUGUCUGGAGCAGUCACAUCCUGCAUGCUGCUGUACUUCGCUCUGAUGGCACAGCGGCUGCACAUGCAUGCGGCCCGGGCACAGUGGGCCCUGGUCAUGUUCUUCCUGGGCUUCCUCGCCACCUUCGCCGUCGAGUUCCGUCACUACCGCUUUGAGAUCGUCUGCAGUGACGACCAGGACCCCCCUCUCAGCCUGUCUGAAACCUUCUCUGAAAUCUCAGAGUACCAGUCUGAUCAGCUGUAGGGUAUCCUAGAGCUUAUAAAGCUUUUUUUGGGUCACCCUCGCAAUGAGUACUAUGACAAGCUGCCUGGCUUCCUGCCUAUCCCACACAAGGAGGCUAUCACAAAUGCAUGUCUGCUUGUGGAAUGUAAUAUCCCUGGAACAUUUUCUGUCAGCUAGAAACCUCAAUAGAGGCCAUCAAACACAUUUGAGAGCACAAGGAGGCAGAGGCUGCCGGUUUUGCAGUUAUGAAAAUGAACAGCAAUGAUUUUAUGGUGCAUGUAUCUUUACCCUUCACCCUCAAGGGUUUUGGCUCAGUGUGUGCGCGUGUGUUUGUGUGUGUGUGUGUGUGUAUGUCUGUGUGCUUCUGUCUCUCUGUGUAACAGUGUCUUUCCACUAGUUUGAGCCAUCAAAUGGGUGAGGGCCUACAAUCUUUAAUUGCACUUAAUUUUAUGGAAAAGGGAUACGAAUGACAGAAACAUUUUGAUCCUGCAUAUUUACAAUACAUUAUCUUGACAUCAAGCUCCUCUUGGGUCUUACUGUGGAAAGUUCGCUGGGCACCUUCAAUAAAAACAAUUAAAAAUAUGCAUCUGCAAUAAUUGACUAUGUUGUACUUUGUUAUAGUAUGGAUUGUCUGUUCGAUGAAAACCGCAACAUGAUGAGCCUGUUACUCCCAUUUCUCCAUUAUGAGGUACAAGCUAUUUCUUGUGUUCUGUGUAACCUAUUAUGCCCUCUGUAUUAUAGAUGCCAAAACAUUGUUACAGUAUGGGAAUGAUGCAUUAAUAGAAUUUUCACUGUUUGAAUAACUUAGGACUUUUGUAUUUGUCACCUGUGUCAGCCUACCUCUGCUUUAGAGUUUAGAAACAGCUUCUGAAAAAAAUGGAAUUCACAAUUCACAACUUAUGUGAUUGUUUUGUUGUCAGUCUGCAAGGGUCAUGUCUCGUGUUACUCUUAUACUGAUAAUACUGUGUUUUAUACGACAAAACUUAAGAUCAGUGGGACCCAAUCGUGCCAUGGAGGGCCGAGAGUAUGCAGGUUUUCAUUCCAACCAAUCACUGCACCUGCUGAUUUCACUAAUUAUCACACCUUCUACCAGUAGGACCUAAUUAGUGAAAUCAGCAGGUGAAGCAAUCGGUAGGAAUGAAAACCUGUAUACUGUACAGCACUUUAUGCCACAUGAUUUGGCACCACUGCUAAGGAUUUCAUGACUGCUUUAGAAUUUUGUUUAGAAGUGUGCCAAUAUGGAGUUUUGUAAAUUUGUUUGGGUUUGAAGUGCCUCUCCUUCCAUAAGGUAGAUACUCUCCAGUGUGUGCAUUUGAGUAGAAAAGUAUCGUUGUGGAAAAUUGUGCAUUCAUUAUCCUAGAUACUUUCUGUCUUGAUAGUUUGAAUUUCUGUCUUGUUCGCAGCUGUGUUCUUUCAUCGAGGGCAUGGUUGUAGCCUUUUAGAAAUUGUUGAAAUUGUUUGGUCAAGAACUGUCUUCUGUCAUAGCCCUCACAAUUCCCCAUUUUGAAGUCUGUAAUUAAUGAGUACAAUUCAACAAAACUGUCUUGAAUGCCUCUUAAUUUCCUGUUAAAGUGUGAUAGUGAGGUGCUUUGUUAUGCAUGUUGCAUGUACUUUUUGGUAUUAAACCAUUUUACAAAUUCCUA